AUGAGCCCAAGCGACAACGACUCGACUCCUCACCAGCAAACCCCGGUACGCGACGUCGCCAGGACGGACACUCACGCACAAAACGUGGUUGCUGACCCGUCCGGGAUGCGCGAGGAGACGCGAUCGGCUUUGGACGCGUCCGAAGCCCAAGAGAGCGCGAGUCGUAUUUCUGAUGCGAGCUCUGAGCGGAUGGACCGGCUUGAAGGACUCCUCGAAGGGAUGGCACAGCAACAAGCUCAGUUUAUGGCAAACCAGAUGAAGAUGCAAGACCAGAUGAGUCGCCGUGCCGAUGCUGCUCCCACGCAUCCUGCCGAGCACUUGUUCAAUGGUUCAAGCGCGUUCACCGACUUCAUCAGAGCGCGGGACCGUCGGAUGAGGAGGGGCUCACUAGAUGAGCCCAUGCAGAAUGCCAUGCCGCCUGUAACGCCAUGCAUGCCGCCGCCUAAUCAGCCGCCGCAGCAAGUAAACCAGAAUCAGCCACCGAGAUCGUCGCCGAAUUUUACGCCGCGUGAAGAUUAUGGGUUAAAGAUACCUAAGCCUCGGGACCUGGACUGGCCCGGCUUUGCCAAGUUUACGGGUAAGGAGACAUACCCAGGCGUGGGUGCCGACUUCAAGGCGUGGGGUAUGCGUUUCCUACAACGACUCGGUGCAGCCCAGCUGAUGAGCGGAGGUGAUUGGCCAGAAGAGUUUAAGGUCCUCGCGCUGAGUGGUAAGCUGGAUGGAGCGGCACUCAGCUAUUACGAGAAGAUGCUGCCGGUGUGGUCGUCGGUGUCGAACACACUCGAACACGUCCUGAACAGCAUGCUGUUGCUGUACAUGACGCCGAUUCCAUCUACUAAAGGAAUUGAGCUAAUGAUAAGCGAGAAGGAUCAAAACAAGACAUGGCCCGAGCACUACCAGUACCUUGUGUACGUGGCAGAACGGUCGGGUAACUCGGAGCAGAGUGUGCUAGAAUGCUUAUGCAAGUCGGCACCAUCGCACAUUCAAACCGCGAUGUUAACUCGGAUGAAUGCUCAACGACCUGAUUACCUUGUACAAGCUGCUGAGCUUGUUGCGUUCGCGAUUGAUUUUGAAAUUAGCAUGAAGAAGACGAAUAGCGGAGGAGGCCGAGACCGAGCUGUUCGAUCAAGCCGCGCGCUAGUAGUUCGCUACCCCGGCGGUGGACGAAGCGACCAAGGAGGGCGCGAAAGGAGAUACGUUGCACGGGUUGAAAGUGCCGAUUCUCGCAAAUGUUAUGGCUGUGGCGAGGCUGGUCAUAUUAAGGCCAACUGUCCAAAAAAAGGCGACGCCAAUUCGGUUUCGAGCCGGGUUGCGUUAGCCAUUGGUACCGGUACGACAGCUGACUCUGACUCGUGGAUCCUGGACAGCGGUUCGAGCGUGCACCUUGUGAAAGAUGCGAUGAUGUUGAAGAACGUGAAGGAUUGCGAUCAUUCAUGUCGCGCGGCAAACAACACGAUGGUCCGAGUGACCAAAGUGGGAACGGCCGAGCUGAAGACGGUGGUCAAUGGAAAAGAGGUUAUCGUGGACCUCACCGAGGUCUACUACGCUGAAAACCUUGCUGACAACAUCAUCAGCUAUGGUUUAUUGGAGGAACGUGGUGUAUUCCUCAUGCGAGAAGGCGGCCAAAGUUAUGUGGUGCGCCAAGAGGACAACAGAAAGAUAUUCGAAGUCUUCCGCCGCAACAAUGUCCUGACUAUUGACGUCAUGGGUGAGAGCACAACGGAUGCACAAGUACGAGUGGUCAACUUAGCCGUGCAAGAAGGUUUCGACGAAAUAGAUGAAGCAGUCACGGAUACAACACUGCUGGAAUUGCACCAAAGACUGGGCCAUCUUUCCUACGAUACUAUCGUACGCAUGGCCGACUCGGCAGGUUCAGGUAUCCGGUUGACCGACCGAACGAGGCCAAAUUGUUUGACUUGCGCACAGGGCAAACAGAGCAAGAACAACCAGCCCAAGAAGGACACAGGAAGGAAUGCACCGAUCGACAAGCUCGGGGGUGUUAUCGGUAGCGACAUCAAAGGACCAAUGACUCCGAAGGACCGUCGUGGAAAUCGAUACCUUAUCAACUUCGUCGACUACUCAACGAAUUACGUACGCGUUUUCGUCGCCAAGAACAAGAUUGAGGCGACAAAGAAUUUUGAGCAUUUUCUACUCUAUUUUGAGAAGAGAUUCAACUGCCGCAUUCAUGUGUUGCGCACGGACGGUGGAAAGGAGUACGUUAACGUCGACCCGUUCUGCAGGUCAGCUGGAGUAAGGCGUCAAAUCAGCGAGGCCGAUAAUCAAGCAUCAAAUGGAAAAGCUGAGCGAAUGCACAGAACUAUCCUAAACAUGGCAAGAUGUAUGCUGUUUGCGAGUGGCCUACCAUUAUUUUUUUGGGGUGACGCCGUCGAGUAUGCAGCUUACGUAUUAAAUCGGAGCUCGUGCAGUGCUAACCCGAAGCGGAUGUCACCGCUAGAGAUGUUGACAGGCAAGAUAUCUAAUCUGGCGGACAUGGUGACUUUCGGCAGCCCAUGCUCAGCGUUCAGGGACCCCGGAAAGAAAUCGUGGAAGACGAGAUCCCAGGUUGGCAUGGUCAUCGGCAAGAACGAUGAGACUAAAGGUUUCAGGGUGUACCUGCCAAAGGAGAGGACUGUUAUUACAACGCAGCACAUCCGCAAUGUCGAGACACUUAACAGUGAGCAGAACGUCCAGCUACAGGCACAGCUUGAGCGAGAAGACCCUAUGCUGCGGCGCGAUGUGUCAGAUCUCGACGAUGCCGCGAAGCGGAAGGAGCCCCACGCAGUAAUUUUGCUUCCAUCGAAACGGGCGUCAGCAAAGACGAAACAUGACUCUGCCGAGUCAACAAAGGACGCAGUCAAGUCAAAGAGAAAAUUUUCUGAAGAAGAGAAGGAACCCGAUGUGAGCAAGAAUUACACGGACCUACAAGAAGCGGAAAGCGGGGACGAACUACUACCCGCGGAAGAGCAAACGCGAACUAGGAUGCAAACCCGAAAUAUGGGUGACAAGCACGUACCAGUGAGUCGAGUGAAAGCGAUCAGUCUCAAAGAUCCAAAAAACUAUCGCGAGGCGAUGAAAGACCCUCGAGUCAAGCAGUGGGAAGAGGCUAUGUGUACGGAGAUUGAAGCGUUAGAGCACAACGAUACCUGGGAGGUUAUUCAAAAACCACGCGAUUCCAAGUUGCUGCACAGUAAAUGGGUCUACAAGCUAAAAGUGCACGCAGACGGUUCUAUCGAACGAUUCAAGGCAAGGCUUGUGGCGCGCGGAGACGAACAAGUGUAUGGUGUGGAUUACACCUACACCUUCUCAGCUGUGAUGGAGAUGAUAUCUGGCAAGGUGAUACUUGCUGUGUCAAGGAUAUGGGGGGUACCUGCACGACACGGCGAUGUGCCGAGCGCUUAUGUUAAAGCGGAAAAAGAAGAUGACUUGGAAAUUCUACUCCAUAUUCCACAGGGAAUGAAUAUAGAUUCCAAGUUGCUACGAAAACAUGGCGUGAAAGACCAGAGGCAGCUCGCACUAAGACUCAAGAAAGGUCUAUAUGGCCUGAAACAGUCGGGCCGGCUGUGGAACAUGAUGCUUCACGACAUCUUAAUGUCGCUGAAUUUCAGUCAGUGUUAUACAGACAGUUGUCUCUACAUAAAGACUGAGACCGACGGUAAAACGCUCGUGGGGAUCUACGUGGACGAUGUUCUGGUGACUGGGACGGACGUAAAGAAGGUCGACAACUUCUUCAACGACAUGCAAGUCAUUGAGCUGAAGGAUCUCGGCGUGGUAACCAAGUUUCUUGGAAUCGCGUUCAAUUACAGCGCCAAGACCGGAUGGGCACUAGAUCAAGAAAGCACAAUCGACGAGAUGCUCGACAAAUUUGGACUUAAAGAUUCGGCAGCGGUCAGAGUACCAAUAAGUGGAGAAGACGGAUACGAAGAAAUAACCCUGCUACCGUCUGGUGGCAGUGGCUCGCCACAGAGACCGACUGUACAGACGUUUCAGUCGCUGGUGGGCAGUCUGCUGUGGAUCGCCCGAUGCACACGCCCAGACAUUGCGUUUGCUGUACACCGAGUGACGCGGCGUUCGCACGCGCCAACUGAAGGCGAUUGGCGUUUGGCAAAGAAGAUAGCCAAGUAUCUGAAGGGCACAAAGGGACUCAAGUUCAUAAUGCACGAAAAAAAAGGACGCAAUCAAGGACGAUGGCGUGCUGGUCGAAGCUUACAGUGA